AUGAUCAAUGACGUAAAUACGGAGUCGAGAGGCAUAGUACGGAUCACUAUGCAAUCCACGCGCGAUAAUUGUCGCAGGGAUCUCACGUGUCUGGUGAUUCCGGCCAUCGCCGAUUUAAUUCACUCAGAAGUCUUUCCGAGAGACACGAUCAAAUUACCCUCAAACGUUAGAUUGGCGGCUCCGAAAUUCCACCUGCCACGCGCGGUUGAUUUGCUGAUUGGCUCAGGGCUCACCUUAUCUCUGUUCUCCGUCGGUCAGAUCAACUUGUCGCGUGAAGAUCACGAUCUGUAUUUGCAGAAAACACGACUCGGAUGGGAGGUGGUAGGUGGUGUACCGUCGCAAGUUCCUUCAAACCCUACGCGUCACAUGACGAAUCUCGAGAAUCAGUUAAACAAAUUUUGGGCAAUUGAAGAAGUCAGGGAAAUUAAGAGGAAAUCAGACGAACAAAUCAAUUGCGAAGCGCACUUCGAAGGGACGGUGUCUCGCGACGCCGUCGGGCGUUACAAGGUUCGCUUACCGUUUCGCAAAUCAAACACGCGACUAGGGGAAUCGCGUUCCAUCGCGCUUAAACGUCUAUUGUCGCCGGAGCGUAGAUUCAAUUCAAACACAGCGUUAAGAAACGAGUAA